GAGCCUGCUCCGCUAGUGCGUCUCGGUCCCACUGAUCCACGGAGAGUUCGUGGUUCUGCUCGGAACCUCCGGCCGGACUCGAACCCGCAACCCUCGAACCCUCAGCCCGGCAGAGCUGCAGCGAGGCCGGCGGGACGUCGAGCUCCAUCUCCGGGCUCCAGCUGCUCGGUGUCCGGGGGGAGUGUUUAGUGGUAGUGGAGGUGGAGGUGGGGGGGGGUUACGUGGUUAGCUACUAGCCUACACGCUGCAUGUGCGGCAACAACAUGUCAGCGCCUCUACCUGCCAUCGUGCCUGCUGCCCGCAAAGCCACCGCGGCGGUGAUCUUUCUGCAUGGCCUCGGUGACACUGGGCAUGGCUGGGCAGAGGCUUUCGCAGGCAUCAGGUCACCACAUGUGAAAUACAUCUGUCCACAUGCUCCCACGAUGCCUGUUUCUCUGAACAUGAGAAUGUCCAUGCCUUCCUGGUUUGAUAUCUACGGGUUGAGCCCCGACGCAGAUGAGGAUGCAAGUGGAAUCAAAAGAGCAUCAGAGAACCUUAAAACCUUGAUAGACCAAGAGGUGAGGAAUGGAAUUCCUUCACACAGAAUUCUCCUGGGUGGUUUUUCACAGGGUGGCGCGCUGUCUCUCUAUACGGCUCUGACGACUCAGCAGAAACUUGCAGGAGUGGUCGCACUGAGCUGCUGGCUUCCUCUGCGCAACUCCUUCCCUCAGGCGUCGGCCAACAGUGCUAACAAGGACAUGCAUGUGUUCCAAUGCCACGGAGAUGCCGACCCCCUGGUUCCCUUUAUGUUCGGCGCCCAGACGGCGGAGAAGAUGAAAAGUCUCAUCAAUCCGGCAAACGUCACCUUCAAGUCGUACCGAGGACUUCCUCACAGCGCCUGUCCCGAGGAAAUGGUGGAUGUCAAACGGUUCAUCGAGAAGCAGCUUCCUUCCAUCAGCGAUGAAUGAACUCGGGGAGAAUCUGUACAAACGCACAACGCCCUCAGAGUCCUAUGGACGCGACUCCAUCGUGACUCGAGGACUUAAUGAACCACCGACUUAUCUGACAAUAAAAACCAUGCUGCUACUCAUCGAGCCAGACGAGACUGGGUACUGCUACCCGUUCGCUCGGGAGAAGCACGAGUGAAACGAUGCUGCAUCCUGAUCUGGAGCCACUCACGAUAUCUCAGUGUUACAGUAGAGUAACUUUAGUUGCUUGAUUUUAAUGCUAUUUGCCAUCGAGACAAGCCAUUAACUGCAGAACACAUGUACUGGAAUAACUAGGGCUACACUUUAUGGUUUAUUACUUACUAUCUUAAAAUAAAUGGCCUGUUGUUAAAA